AUGGGCAGCGUGUACUCAGAGUACCUAAGCUCCAGCAAGGUCAGGGAACACUAUAAUUACACCAAGGAGAGUCCCGACAUGAAGGAUACGCCCUCCCGUCAGGUGGCCUCGGCCCUCAUCAUCCUCCUGUGCUGUGCCAUCAUAGUAGAGAACCUCCUGGUGCUCAUCGCAGUUGCCCGCAACAGCAAGUUCCACUCGGCCAUGUACCUGUUCCUGGGCAACCUAGCGGCAUCAGACCUGCUGGCGGGCGUGGCCUUCAUAGCCAAUACCUUGCUCUCCGGUUCUGUCACACUAGGGCUGACGCCUGUGCAGUGGUUCGCCCGCGAGGGCUCUGCCUUCAUCACGCUCUCCGCCUCUGUCUUCAGUCUCCUGGCCAUCGCCAUCGAGCGGCACGUGGCCAUCGCCAAGGUCAAGCUCUACGGCAGUGACAAGAGCUGCCGCAUGCUGCUGCUCAUCGCGGCCUCGUGGCUCAUCUCGCUGGUCCUCGGCGGCCUGCCCAUCCUUGGCUGGAACUGCCUGGGCCACCUGGAGACCUGCUCCACCGUUCUGCCGCUCUAUGCCAAGCCCUACGUGCUCUGCGUGGUGACCAUCUUCUCGGUCAUCCUGUCGGCCAUCGUAGCUCUGUACAUCCGCAUCUACUGUGUGGUCCGCUCCAGCCAGGCUGAUGUGGCUGCCCCACAGACACUCGCCCUGCUCAAGACGGUCACCAUCGUGCUGGGGGUCUUUAUCUUCUGCUGGUUGCCCGCCUUUAGCAUCCUCCUCUUGGACUAUGCCUGUCCAGUCCGGACCUGCCCCAUGCUCUACCAGGCCCACUACUUUUUUGCCUUCGCCACCCUCAACUCGCUGCUCAACCCGGUCAUCUACACGUGGCGGAGCCGGGACCUGCGGCGGGAGGUGUUACGGCCGCUGCAGUUCUGGCGGCAGGCGGCAGGGGUGCAAGGGCGGCGGGAUGGAACCCCGGGCCACCACCUCCUGCCCCUUCGCAGCUCCAGUUCCCUGGAGAAGGGCAUGCAGAUGCCCACGUCACCCACAUUUCUGGAGGGCAACACAAUGGUGUGA